CCGCACCACGCACAGCUUCAUUCCACCCUCAGCCACUUCAUUUGGUGCUUCAUCUGUUCUCGUGCUACACACACCCCUCGUCUCUGAGCUCGAUACGCAGCCAACGGCUCUCGGGCAACAUCUCCCCACGCUAUUCCCCUACUCUGUAGACAGGAGGCCCGCGCUUGAUUUUGAUAGGGUUGAAAGUGAGUGUAGAAGGUAGAACAUUCAUCAGGCGUGACGCAAAUUGCAAUAUCUUCUACGUAGGCGUGAGGCUUCAUGGCUAGGCCUGGAGCAAAGAAGCGUGUCAACAGCGAGCCGACGAUCAUGCGGCGAGCUCCCGACGGGAGCGCGUUCCUCACCUGCGAGGCGUGCAGCACCAAGGUGCCGGUCGCCACGGCGGACAUGCACUCAUGCGAGAACGACGCUGCAUUCAAAGCGACCCUAGAGCGUUUGCGGCUGGAGUUUAGAGAGCGCAUGGCAGAGGAAGCCGCUGCAAAGAAGCAGAAGGCGGAGAAGGCGAAGCCAGCCAAGGGUGAGAAGGGUGAGAAGGCGGAGAAGGCGAAGCCAGGCAAGGGUGAGAAGAAGGGCGAGAAGGUGGAGAAGCGGAAAGCCGAGAAGGACCCCAACGCUCCGAAGAAGCCAACAACUGCCUACUUCCUGUUCCUAGAAGAUUUUCGGAAGCAGUUCAAGGACGAGAAUCCAGACGUUAAGGGUGUCACGGAGAUGAGCAAAGCCGCUGGCAUAAAAUGGAAGAGCUUGACGGACGAGGAGAAAGAGAAGUACACUAAAGGAGCGGCGGAGCGCAAGAAGGAAUAUGAGGCCAAAAUGGAGGAAUACAACAUGCAAUCUAGGGCGGAGGGGGUGGGGGAGACUGAGGAUGAGGAUGAGGAGACGCAUGAAGAGGAGUCAAAGCCUGCAAAGAAGAAGAGGCUUGUGUCCAAGCAAACUAAAGAGGAUGAGACAUUGAACGAGGAGCUGCAAGAUGACAUUGCAGAUUGAUUAAUCAGAUUAUAGAAGCUUUUUUUUACAACGUUAUUGCAGUUCAGCAAAUCUUAGCUCAUUUGCGUUUUUCCCUUUUUGUCUUGAUAGCUCAUGUGCAUUGAUAGUGUUUGUGUCAUUAGGUGGUGCUUAGAUAUGCCAUAACAAGCCUGCUUCUAUUGUGCAAGAAUCGUUGCUCGUGGGAUGUGUGAUGGCGAUGACUCGCAAUGUACUGCUGACGUGGCUGCGGAUCUCCAGAAGGAUGAGAGUUGUGUUUUGGCUUCUGUUCUC